AGCCACUUAAGUCCUCGGCGGUUUCUCGCCCUAGCUGGGACAACAACUCUCGCUUUCGUGAACCAUCCUACAUCUGCCGAGAAUCCGUGCGGGCAUUGCCAGUCCGCAUGGAGGCAUUAUCACAAUGUCACGUACCACGCGCUGGACUGCGCGUUGUCGUCCAGCGAAGCUUCAUCGGAGUGGUCGACCAGUCUCCGGAAUCGACCAUCAAGCGGGCGUACUCCGCACCGGCCAGGACGUUUCCAGCUGCGCUGGCCGCGUCGAGCAGGGAGGUCAGGCUUUCUUCUAGCGAACAGGAAGAUGAAGCCGAGUGCUUCGAUAACCCUGGUGACGCGGCCUGGCAGAAGUACGAGGCGAAGAGCCGCGCGGGCCAUGAGUUGAAGAAAACGGUGGCUAUCAGGAGUAUCCCCCACCACCCCACGCGCGAUCAGCUCCUGCAGCACCUCAACGCGCGGGGCUUCGCGGGUAGGUCUGACUUUUUGCACGGCGACGGCUUUACCCACCGACUUCGCGAAGUGCUGGAAUGCCGGUGACGCGUACGUAGGCCUCACGAGGCCAGCGCACACCCCGCGCACCUUCGCCGAGCUCCACGGCCUCAGCGGGGGCGAGCCCGGCGCGGGGCGCGCCGUCGUGGGCUGGAGCCGGACCGAGGGCUCGGCCUCGCGCCUAGCGCCCACGAAGAGGGCGCAGCGCCUCUGGCGCCUGCGGACCCGCUGCGGGCCGCACGGGCGCGGCGUGGCCUCGGCCGGGGCCAGCGGCGUCCUGGGCCCGCACGCGCAGCGUGCCGGGGAGGCGCUGGGCACGCCCGCGGAGAGUCGUGCACGCUGCUUCCCGGGCUGGUCAGGGCGCCGGGCGGCACGCAUCAAAGCAUGGAGGCCAUCCUGGCCAGCCCGCUCCUCGCUGGCCUGCAGGCCUCCCCCGCGGGCCCUGGCCGGCGGCGCGAGAGGGUGGCCAGGGCGGACCGCUUCGAGGCCGAAGCGAUCAGCGAGCGCUCCACCAUGGCCUCGGCGUCGGCCCGCAGUACUGCUGCCUGGGCUGGCCUGCAAGGCGGCGACCUCGACGACCGGUGCAGCGAGCCCUCCACGCAGGCGCCAGGCUACUUCAGUGGCGCUCUCGCGUCAGACGGGUCCAGUGGGGCUUCGGACAGCCUGGCUGUUGGGCGGCACGACUCCAGAGGUUCAGCCCAGCUAUGGUCGGGCUCGAUGCUCACGCAGGGGCUGAUGCUGGCGGUGCCGGAGGAGAGUGGCUCGAUGCUCGCACAGGGUCUGGCGCAGGAUGAGCUUUUCCUCCCUGCUACCAGUCCGUUCACACACAGCUCUGCAUCGCGACAGAGUGCGCUUCUCCGUCAUGGCGAGAUUCGGUGUGUGCGGCUUUAAUCAUUGAGAGCACUCCUGAGAGCCGGGCAUGCGUUAUGUCGGUCGUAGUGAUGUGCCUGAGAAUGUUACGCCUCUCCCAGAGAACGCUUACUAUCCACAUACGCCGGUUCUGGAAAGGCAGAUCCUGAGCUCAUGAGGUGCACACGCCUUGGCACAGCCAUGGAAAAGUUUGCACCGAUCCUGGGCCCAGAACUGGUCUAGCCAGGACGGGUGCAUUUGCAUACUUGGCGUUUUCCCUCAUUCCUUCUGCGGAAAGUCUCUUGAUGCAGUUAGCGUUUCCCAGGAGAGAGCUUGUAUGCAUCUCAAUCAUGUGCGACUGUCUCAGGCAGCUUCUGAGGCUUGCGCUGGCGCACCAGGCAGGCGCACGCACGUCAGGGAGCAUCAAUGGCGUUUCUCUCCUUCUCCCUCCUCCUCGCAUAGCAUGCUCGUCUCGAUUCUUUUUUCCACAGGGAGGUGUGACACAGUGUUUGAGUACCCGCUGCCUCGUGUAGAGGCCGACGCACGUUGAGUCGAAGGCUCCGUCUUUUUGCAACAGUAAUUUGGUGAGCAUCUUCCACCUGAUGAGGCCUGGCAUUCGUGGGGCAUGCGCGUUUCGACCUGGGAGGGUGGUCAGUACGCGCUGUUCCGUGUAGUGUCGCGCCCCACCUUCUCCUCCCCCCCUCGUCCUCAUCCUCCUUCUCC